AUGGACGGUGACAACGCAAGCCGACAGAAAGACGAGAAAGAUGGACCGGGGAAGCGCAAGUACAGCGGCUCUCAGUAUCCGACCAAGGAUUGGGCCAGCUCCAUUGCCGAACAGCCCCUAUGCCCCUUGUUCAAGCUACCAACUGAGCUUCGUAUUAUGGUUUGGCAGUAUGCCCUCGGGCUAGACCAUUCUCACCCCAUUAUCCUUUCCCCAGAUUUCAGCGGACCACUCGCCAUGCGCCGCCAGGGUUUCCUGCGCUUUUACCAGAACGUGUUCACCAAUGUUUCAACGUCGUCACCCGCUGUCAUCCCGGUCUACCUCCAGUUGCGUCGUCUCUCCCGCCAAGCAUACGUCGAUAUUGUCAUGUCUGGGCUGCUUUACAAGAACGCCAUUUUCCUAUUCCAGGAUACGCUAUCCGACUACUUGCCAUAUUUGACUGGAGGCAAACCCCCCACGACGCUUGGGCUAUUAUUUCUGGCUUAA